CUAACGAGAGGACUCAAGGAAUUCUACAGUAUGUCGCAGGCAGUGGGCGACAACAAGAAUAAGGUGUACAAGGUGGUUUUGACAGGUGGACCUUGUGGAGGUAAAACAACUGGACAGUCACGUUUGAGUACCUUCUUUGAAAGUAUAGGAUGGCAGGUGUACAGAUCUCCAGAGACGGCUUUUGUACUGAUGAGUGGGGGAGUGAAGUUUACAAAUCUUUCAAAGGACCAGGCCUACAAGUUCCAGGAGAAUCUACUGAAGACCAUGAUCCAGAUAGAAAACACAUUCUUUGAUUUAGCUAAACAAUCCAAACAAAAUUGUCUAGUCAUCUGUGAUAGAGGCCUAAUGGAUGCUUCAGCGUAUGUUGAUAAAGAGGAUUGGAAGAGGAUGAAGGGGGACAAUGAUUGGGACGAAGUAGAUAUCCGCGAUAAUCGCUACAAUCAAAUCAUACAUAUGGUGUCAGCAGCAAACGGAGCUGAGCCCUUUUAUACUGUGGCAGGGCAUGGAACAAGGCAUGAAGACUUAGAAGGUGCUCGCCAGCUUGACAAAAUUACAGCAGGGGCCUGGGUAGGUCAUCCCUACUUUGAUGUGAUAGAUAACAGUUCAAACUUUGAGGAGAAAAUAAACCGAAUGAUAUCAGCAGUAUGUAACAGACUGGGGAUAGAUGUCCAGGACCGUCUCAGCUCCAACAGUAAAAAGAGAAAGUUUCUGGUUAAAAAAGUGGGUGAUUUACAGAAUUUUCCACAGUUCCAGGAUUUCACUGUACAACAUGACUACCUCGUUACUCCAAGUCGUAAGAUGCAAGCAAGGAUCAGGAAAAGGGGCCAGCACAAUUCCUGGACAUAUACUCAUACCAUUAGACGCCCAGAAAUAAGCAACGAAAUGGUGGAGCUAAGAAUGGUGAUAUCUAACAAAGACUACAAGAACCUGUUUGCACAGCGGGAUGAGAGACACUCAUCCAUCUACAAGAAGCGGCGCUGUUUCCUGUGGAACAACCAGUACUUCCAUCUGGACAUGUUUGAAGAUACUUGCCCACCUGAGUGCAAAGGGCUAGUACUGCUAGAGACGUACACCACAAAAACCGGUGAUGACCUCCAACUACCAGACUUUCUGGAAAUAGAGAAAGAAGUAACUAACAAUCCAAAGUUCUCCAUGUUUAAUCUUUCCCUAAAGGAUCCCGCCAAAUUCAAGCGGGAACACCUUAGUUCUGUAACCAGUGAUGAUGGACUGUGACAGGGGAGACAAUUAUGUAUGCCUUUGUAACAUUCCCCACAUUAAGCUACCACAUUUGGUGUUG